GGGAAGUCGUCCUUGAGGAAUUUCUGACAGUCAUGGAAACACUGACAUUUCAGUCCCGAGAGUGAAAUAGCUGCGUGUCAGAGUGGAACUAAAAAGACGACUUUUCCUAAGGUUUCAGACUGACUUUUGUUUUUUUUUACACAGAAAGGAGGAUAACGGUAAAAUCAAUGAGUUCUGUGGACGACCACAACGUCGGCGCAGGAUACAGAAAUGGAGGGGCUGCGAUGAAAGGAUCCAUCGACACAGGCUGCUCUGCCCACCCGUCCUUGAAUGAUUCCUUACAGGGAGAAAUUCAGGCCUUCCUCACUGAUGAAGACCAACUUCACACUUAUGAUGACCUGACCAAAGUCAACCCAGUCACCCCGACCACAGUGCUGAAAUGCCUGCAGGCCAGGUACAGUGUGAAGGUGUUUUACACUCAUGCUGGUUGCACCUUGGUGGCUCUUAACCCCUUCCAGCCCAUUCCUGACCUCUACUCCCUGGACGUGAUGAAGGAAUACCACUGUGCCCCACAGCCGCAGGAGUUCAAACCACACAUCUUCAUCAUGGCAGAAGAAGCCUACCGGAACGUCCGGGGUCAGCUGGAGCCGGUGAACCAGUCUCUGGUGGUCAGCGGUGAGAGCGGUGCAGGAAAGACGUGGACGUCUCGGUGCCUCAUGAAUUAUUACGCCACAGUGGCCGCCUCCAGCUCAGUGUUGAAGAGUCAGGACACGGUGGAGAGGAUCGAGAGGAGAGUGCUGGACUCCAACCCCAUAAUGGAGGCUUUUGGCAACGCUUGUACAUUACGAAACAAUAACAGCAGUCGCUUUGGAAAGUACAUCCAGCUGCAGCUGGACAGGUGUCAGCUGUUAGUGGGGGCGUCUGUGCAGACCUACCUGCUGGAGAAGACCCGGGUGGCCUGCCAGCCGGCCAGUGAGAGGAACUUUCACAUCUUUUAUCAGAUGAUGAAGGGGGGAACAGAUGAGCAAAGAAAAGAGUGGAUGAUGCCACGUGAUCAACGUUUUGUUUGGCUGCCAAACUGUGAAAAAUCCAUUGAGGAGGACAGUUUUGUUGAGACUAUGGAUGCAAUGGUUCAUCUGGGCAUCGAUAAAGAAAAGCAGCAACAAAUAUUUCGGAUAUUGGCGGGAAUUUUGCAUUUGGGGAACGUCAGGUUCUCUCCCUCAACAGAUGAGACACAGCCUUGCAACCUGGAUGAAAAAUCCAAAGACUUCCUGCAGAGGUCCGCUGAGCUGCUGCACGUCUCUGCCGAGGAGCUUCUGACAUGUCUGAGAGUGAGGACGCUUAAGGCUGGGAAGCAAAGCGUGCUCAAACCGUGUUCCCAAGCAGAGUGCAGUGUGAGGAGGGACUGUCUGGCUAAAGUCAUUUACGCCCUAAUAUUUGACUGGCUGGUCACGUUCAUCAACAACAGCAUCUGUGCAGACCGCUCUACAUGGUGUAACUUCAUAGGAGUUCUGGAUGUGUACGGCUUCGAGUGUUUUCGGAUCAAUAACCUGGAGCAGCUCUGCAUCAACUACGCUAAUGAGAAACUGCAGCAGCACUUCGUGGCCCAUUAUCUCCGAGCUCAGCAGGAGGAAUAUGUGUCAGAGGGGCUGGAAUGGUCCUUUGUCAAAUAUCAGGACAAUCAGAGCUGCCUGGAUCUGCUGGAGGGAAGCCCCAUCAGUGUGUUUUCUCUUCUCAAUGAGGAGAGUCGUCUGAACCGAGCGUCGGAUGCGAGGACGUUGAAGCUGCGUCUGGAGAAGGAGCUCUGUGGCAACGCCAACAUCAGCUGGGACAGGUUCAGCACGGUGCCACAUUUCACCGUGGCCCAUUAUGCUGGCAGAGUCAGCUACCAGAUAGAGGGCAUGGUGGAGAAAAACAAGGACCCGGUGCCACCAGAGCUCAUCAGCCUGUUUCAGGAGUCUGAAAACCUGCUGCUGCACCAGAUAUUUGCUGAUAAGGAAGCACAGAACCCGACUACCAAGGGGCUUGGUAAAGUCACCGUGGUCUCCAAAUUUAAGAACUCGCUGGAGAGCCUGAUGAAGAUCCUCCACGCCACGACGCCUCACUAUACCCGCUGCAUCAAGCCGAACCCGGACUGCAAACCCAUGACCUUCAAGAAGGAAGAGGUCAUCAUGCAGCUGGAGGCUUGUGGGAUUGUGGAAACUAUUCACAUCAGUGCUGCUGGCUUUCCAAUAAGAAUUCCUUUCAAAAGUUUCAUCCAGCGUUACGGACUGAUUGCAAGACACUCAAAGUCACAGAGCCACAGUGUCGAUCUGGAGGCUGACGGCAGCGAUCUUCACACAGAGGUGGAGAAACUUGUCAGUGCGGUGCUAAAAGGCCUUUCCAGGGAAAAACACAAGUCACUGCUGCACUGUGGAAAGACCAAAGUUUUUCUCACGCAGGCCAUGCUAGAUUUGCUGGAGGAUCAGAGGAAGAAGAUCCUGUCUCAGUGCGCCUUCUCCAUUCAGUGCUGCUGGCGGCGAUACCUGUGCCGCAGACGCCACGCCCGUCGGCAGUCUGCUACUCUGAUCCAAGCAGCGGUGCGCUCCUGGCUGGUCCGGAAGCAGGUCCAGAGGUGGAACAGAGCGGCUGGAGUCAUUCAAAACACGUGGCGCAAGUGGAGGGAUCUGAUGCAGUCUCUGGCCGACGCAGAGCUGGAUGACGCGGAGCACCUGAAGGAAGAGGACGCUCCAGUGAUGAGUUCCCUGGUCAGAGAGCGGGGCUCGGUGCAGCUGUCCACCAUCCAGGAGCCGGUCACUGUGAGGGGCUGGCCCAUGGGCCUGGCUCUGGCCUCGGCCCCCUCCAUCAGCGUGUCUCUGACGGCCACCGGCUUCCAGAAGAUGAUGUCCGUCAUGGCGUCGCUCAACUUGCCAUCCAGGAAAGGAGAGUACAAAGUGAAAACCAACCAGUGCACGCAGGAGCUGGCCUCCAUACGGGCUCAGCCAAAGGGAUCUGUAAAGCUGCACUAUCAGCGAUCUCCGCUCCUGUACGCCCACAGGCAGCCGGGCCUGAAUAAUGAUGUGACGGGAUUCAACGAGAUCCUGCUGGAGAAAACUUUAUAGGAGUUCUCUUUUUUCCAAAGCUUCCUUUUCAUGGUUAACAGGUAAUCAGACUUUGUGCCAGUUGAUUAAAAAAAAAAAAACCAGAAGUUUUCACUGCAAAAGGGAACCAAAUUGGCAUUUAAUAUAGUUACUCUACAUUGUGUGUAGAGUGCCCAUGAACCUUUUUUUUUAAAGUAAAAACUUACAGCUUGAACUAUAAUUUCCAAAACCCUUUUAUCCUGGCUUUGAAAAUGUUCUAGCAGGCAGUCAGUUAUCGCCCUGCAGGUAUCUUCAGAGUCCUUUUAUGAAUUUUAAAUGUUAAAUCUUAGUUGGCCCACUUUCAAUUUGCUACAUUUCAGAUAAACAAGUUGCGUUUCACCCAUUUUUAGAAUGUGUGCCAUUCGGUCUGCACAGUAUGAUUGAGGUGUGAAUUAUGAUCAUGUAUUCGUCUGGAGCAUUUGCACCUUGGAGAACUGGCAGCCGGUUUUUGUCUCUUUGAAACAUCAGAUUGGAGUAUAUGGCCUUGUAAUUAGUGCCUUUAAGUCACAGAUUAGCUGCUCUGUGACACAGGCGACUCGCGAAUAUUCCCAUCACAGCAGAUGAGGAGAUCCAGCAUUGGCAAAUGCUUGGAGGAAAUGGUAACUACGCUAAUAUUGCACAUGAAAGGCACUUAUUGCACAUUAAACGCACAAACCUGCUCACACAACACCAAAAAAACAAGCACGUCACCGAUGUGAAGCAGGGAACAGACAAACUGCGCUGUAUUUAAUACGCUGCUCUUUGAAAAAGGGGUUUCAUAUGCAAAACGUGACAAAACCACUUUGUGUGUGGAUUUUAUAUAUAGCAAACCAAAGUCUUUAUACACUACAGUGUUUUAUGGGAGAAUGAGCUUUGCCCUUGUUUGACUGGAAUCAAAGUAGUUUUUAAGUUUGUUGAUAUUCACACUUGUACCAAACAGUGCAUGUAACUGAAUUCUUCUGUUUGUCUUCCUAACUUAUUCUGCCAUUACAUUACCUUCAGGGACAGUAGUGUAGAUUCUCUUUUUUUGAAGUGUCUGAUUUGGGAUUUGUAACCUCCGAUCAGGUGUUCUGUGUGGUACCACGAAAUCCUCCUGUACACUUGAAUCGUGCAUUUAACUUUUCUCUAAUUAAAAUUUGAAAUUUUAUAAUAAA